AUGGAUGAAUUAGAAUUACUUAGACAGAGGUUAGUCUCUGUUCAGAAGGAACAGACAUCACAGAAGCUAUCGGAGCGUAACUGCAUUGAGAUCAUCUCAAAGAUGAUCGAGUUGAAGAUGAUCGAUAUGAUCAAUACCAGCGGUGGCAAAGAGUUUGUCACACCGAAGCAGCUGGAGAAUGAGAUUCGCGAUGAAAUUCUCGCAUCGGGUGGUCGUGUAGUGGUGAGUGACUUGCAACCGCUGCUCAAAGUCGAUCUCACAUACAUACAGGAGAAGGUCAAUUACAUCGUCUCUAGAGAUAGAUCGAUGCAACUCUACUACGGUGAGAUACUUACACGUUACUACUUGGAUUCCGUUGUCGAGGAGAUUCAUGAAACCCUACAGGAAGUCGGUAGAUUGGAUAUCAACGAUCUAUCGCAGCGAUUCAACUUGAACGUUGAAAUCCUGAGUGAUGCAAUCAACCUCAGACUUGGUAAACUCAUCCAAGGUGUAUUCGACUCUGAUAUCCUCUACACUCAAGCACAUGUAAACAGACAUAAAUCAAAGGUUUGUGGAUUAUUUACAUCUGUUACAAAACCAACAAAUAUAUCAAGUCUUUGUAAACAAUAUCAAAUGAAUGAAAGAUUAUUCCAUUCACAAUUAGCGGAAUUGAUACAAUCUAAAAGAAUCAAUGGUCAGAUACAAGGAAAAGCAUCACAAGCAGAAUUUAUUCCAACAAUAUUCUCACAAAGUCGUUCAAAGUGGAUAGAUUCAUUCUUUACUCAAAACUCUUAUAUUCAAUACUCGACACUUACACAACUACAAAUACCAGAUCCAACAUCAUACUUGAAGAAUACCUACAAGAAUGGUGUUGCUCUCUCAUCUUGUUUCGUAAGUGGCUAUAUCAUUGAGAAUGUCGAUUCUUUCAUCACUGAGAUCAUUGCUAAUUCUGGUUGGAUGGAUGUAUCGACAUUGGUACCAUCGUCAUUGGGUAAUAAGGACGUCGCCAUGGUAAUCGAUAGUUGUCCUGCGAUGAAAGAUAAGAAUAAUCGUCAGGCUAUCGUGUUGAAUGACUUCUUUAUUGUCAGUCAAUCGUUUGUCGACCGUUGUUUCGUGUUGUUGGAGAAGAUGAUUCAAACGAAAGUAGAGAAACAAGCGAUCAUUCAAGAGAGCAUUGCAACCAGUAGUGGUACUACAGCAACAUCACAAUCACAAUCGAAACUAUCAGAUUCUACCGAUUCCACUUCUUCAAAGUCAAGCGGUAAACAAUCGGGUGGUGGUGGUGGAAAGAAAUCUAAACAACAACAGAUUGAAGAUGAGAGACCAACCAAACAAAAAGGUGGAAAGAAAGGUGGUUCUAAAAAAGGUGGUAAGAGAACAAAUGAUGAUAGUGAUGAUGAAGAUGACUUUACAUCAUCAAAACAACAACAACAAUCAAAGAAAAAGACAUCUCAAACACCAAAAGUUGAUCAUUUAUCAGAUAUUAUUCAAAUUCUCACUAAAUCAUUUGAGAAUAUGGAGGAAGAGUUGAUUCAAGCGUUGGCUCAAUAUCUUAGACCAAAGGUCAAUCAGAUUUGGGAGACACUGGUGAAGGAAGCCAAAGAGAAACUAGAGACAGAGACAAUCAAAUCGAGAAAAGGACAACAACAAGAGUUGGCCAAUGCAUUCAAUACACUCUACCAGAAUGCACUGCUUUUCAAAAAGGGUUUGGAAGAUCUCGAUCCGGCAUCGACCGUCCUCCAUAAGCAUUUGCUGAAGACCGUCUGUACAAACUUGGCCAACCUCGUAGUAGAGAUCAACGGUUCCUACCACAUGGUUGAAAACUGUAAUUGCGAUACUCCCGCUCAGAGAUCCGCCGUUAUCUCUCAACUUCCAACUGCCAUCGCCAAGAAUCUAGAGAAACUAAUUAAAUGUUUAACCAAAGAUACUGUCAAUGAUUUUAUGGAUACUUUAGAAUCGGUUUGUGAACAAUCUCAAAUACAUUUGAAAUCAUUAGAUAAGAAAUCUGAAAAGAAUCUGUUGGAAAGUCAUCAAAAGGAAUUAUAUGAACAAUUACAAAAUGAUCAGGAUAUCGGUAAUCAAUUCCAAGCGAUCGUUUUACUACUUUACAUUAAAUACAAGAAGCAUUUGGUACAUAUUUCACCUAGAUCCAUUGGAACAUUGGUACAGACACUCAGCCAACAAGAAUUGAUACCGGAUCAACAACUUCUCAAAACACUCACUGAAGCGCAACAAGAUGUCGUUAACUUUAUCAUCAACAAAUCCGAGAAGAAAGAAGACGAAGAAUCACUCACCAAGAAAUUAGAUAUUCUAAAGAAUGCACUUCAUGUUCCAACAUCAACAACAACUACUUCCUCUUAA